CCUGAGGGUGGGCGGGCGGGCGGCAGGUGCCGCCGGCGCAGUCUCCGCCGGACUCUGGGUGGCCUCGUCCCGCUGCGGUGAUGAGCCGGACUCCGCCGGGGGCUGCACCUGCCGGCUGCCCAUCACCCGGGGCUUCCCGGCGUGACCUCGGCCUUCGCGGGUGCCCGGCCCCGGCGGCGCCGCGCGGCCCCUGAGAGGCCGCCGGAGCGGCCUCCUCGGCCCCGAGCCCUCGCUCGGGGGCCGCGCGGGGAGAGCGCUCGGCCCCCUCCCCUCCGCCGUCCGCUGUCCUCAAUGUCUCCCCGGCGGGGAGGGGGCUGCCUGGGAGACUCGCUGAGCAGCCCCCCGCCGAGGCCCGGCGCCCCGCAAACUCGGCCGGCGGCGGCGGCGGCCGGGAGGAGCCGCGCACCCGCCGCCGCCCCCGGAGCCGCACAGCCGCCGCCGCCGCCGCCGCCGCCGGGCGCCCGAGGAGAGGGCGGCGGGCGCCCCCCGGGGAAGAUGAAGGCGGAGGGGGGCGACCACUCCAUGAUCAACCUGUCGGUGCAGCAGGUUCUGAGCCUCUGGGCCCACGGGACGGUGCUGAAGAACCUGACGGAGAUGUGGUACUGGAUCUUUCUCUGGGCUCUCUUCUCCUCUCUGUUUGUCCAUGGUGCUGCUGGAGUGUUGAUGUUUGUGAUGCUACAAAGGCAUAGGCAGGGAAGAGUAAUCUCUGUCAUUGCAAUCAGCAUCGGAUUUCUGGCUUCUGUAACUGGAGCAAUGAUAACUAGUGCAGCAGUAGCAGGCAUUUACAGAGUGGCAGGGAAGAACAUGGCCCCGCUAGAAGCUCUGGUGUGGGGAGUUGGACAGACUGUACUGACAUUGAUCAUCUCCUUUUCAAGGAUCCUUGCUACACUUUGAGGUUUCUGUGGAAAUGGUUUACUUCACACCGAUGCUCAGAACAGCAUUGCUAAGGAGCGAGAAUGGAAGGGAGCGAGAAACGUGGAAGCAGCCGAAUCACAGGCUUCGAGCUCUGUGGAAAGAUCGCCCUCUGGUGUUCAAGUGAUUGCACUACCGCACUGCACCUUACGUGCCUCCGUCCCAGACAAGGCGCAUUACACGAUGUGAAGCUACAAGAAGAGCACCUUGUUUAGCUGUCAAUCAGAUUAACAUUGGUGUUGAAUGCUCAUUUUUAACAGUGUUGUGUUAAAGUUAGAGGGACGCUUUGAGGAGUCGAUAUAUGUGCCAAACACUUGUUUUGUUUUUUUAAAAAACACUUAUCAUGUGACAGUUUGCAAGUGUAGAUGCUAGAUGAGUGCUGUGAACAUAUUUGACACAAAUUCAGGUAAUGUAGUGAGAAUUUUGUUUUGUAAUGCUAAAUUCCAUAUGAGUGCUGAAUGCUGAAUCAUUUAAUGUGAGAUAAAUUAUUUGAGUUUAUUGUGAGCAUUUAUGGGAUUUAGGGCUUUAGGCAUUGUUUUAAUUUAUGCUGAAAUAAUAAUCAAAAACUAGCUGAACUCUUUUAAAGACUCAAAUUAGAUCUAUAGGGUGCAUCCUUUUCACUCACUUAAAUAACACUCUUUUGAUAGCUUCCCUCAUACAUAUUUAAUUGAUAAGAAUUAAAAAAUUUUAUGGGUCACACUCAUUGUAGUUUGUGUGUCAUAAAAAUAUAAUUUGAAAAUUUCUUAUACAUUUUGUAAGAAAAGAAGUCUGAAAUGCAUGUUGCAUUCCUUGACCCUCCUAAAGAAGGUUUUUGCCAUGUGUCUCAUGGAGAAAACAUUUUUAAGUAGUAUCUCAGUGGGAUUAUACCUCUUGUUGCAUAUAGCUUGGUUUUUGACAAAAUACAAAUAUUCUUUCAUUUCUGGAGUAUUAACUAUAUUUCAGGAGUGGCCUAAAUUAGGCUGUGAAAACAACAAGCCUCAUUUGUAUAUAAGUAACAAGUCAUAUAGUAAUGUAAUAAACCCUCUUUGGAUGUGUGGUAAUACAAUUUUGCUAAGUAAAAAUUGGGAGAAAUUGUAAAUGGAAAAUUUUUAAUUUGGCAACUAAUCUGAACAUAUCAGUACAGUACUAAACAUAUUUGAAUGAUUCAUUUCAAUUUGGUCAGCUCUUGAUGCUAUUUAAUUUGUUAAAAUUUAAUAAUGACAUUUAUUUUAAAUGAACAAAAUUCUAAGUAUAAGAGGUUUUGGAAGUUAUAAUUUUAAAAAGUAUAGAAAGUGAAAGAAGCAGAACAUCAUUGAAUUUGUCUCCUACUGAGAUUUCUAAAUAUCUGAGAUAUAUAUGUGAUAAAUCAAUAGAAGAGCCACUGCAGAGAAUAUGAGUUAAGGACAAUCCAAAAUAUUGAUCUGUGAUUUGAGCCUUGCUAUUUUAUAACUUGAUUUUUGGUAAAAGCAGGUUUCUGUUAGGUCCCAUUCAGAUUUAAUAUCAUUGUUACCCUUGUCAUUAAAAUCAGAAUAUGUUAACUACCUUAACAGUGAAGAGUUGGGAGGGUAGAGCCAGUUUUUGGUGUUUACUGAUCCUGUUGCUUGAAAGUUUGUUUAGAAAGAUAAGUAACCAUUUCUUUUUCAAAAUGUGUAAUUUGAAAAUUAUCCUUUUUAUUAUGCACAGGCCUGAAAUUAUUUUUAUAUCUUUGUUAUAUGCCUGAUGUUUUCCCAAAUUAAAUUUAGGCAUUAGUUUUCCAAACUAAUUUGAUUUAUCUUUCUCUUUUAGACUUGAAUUGUAUUUCUCCUUUAUUUUGACUGUUCUACCAGUAAUUUUAAAGUAUUCGUAUUCUUUGAGAGGAAUUAUCACUAGCAUGUGAAAAUUAUUUCAGAUCCACAAAAUGAAUGUUUAUUUUAAUAUAUGAUUAUUUUAUGAUUUAAGAAACUGUCGUGUUAGGGUAAUUGGAGUGUUUGGUUCAGAAUAUAGAAUUAACCAUGAAGUAAUGUGUGAAUGUAUGGACCAAAGAGAUUUAUACUCUUGUUUUUACUCUAGAAUGGAAGUAUAAUUGGAUGAUUAAUAGUUUGUAGAGUGUCCAUUAUUGAAUUGUUGUACAUUGUGAAGAGAGAGAGAGUGUGUGUGUGUAUGUGUCUGUGCGCAUGCUUUUAGCAUUUGGGGGAGUUCUUGUUUUUUUUGUUUUUUUUUUUUCUGUUUGUAGUUCUUUCCAUUGGUAGUUUAUUUACUGUCAGUAUUGAUGUCUUGAAAUGCAGUUGAAUAGUGAACUAAUUAAUUUGACAUACAGCUGUUUCUAUGCUAUUUUUUUAAGUUAGUGAUUUUCCUAAGAAAUGUUUAACUAUAUAUAUCUUAUACUUCCAUAUACAUGAAGAAAUGUUUAAUGAUAUAUACAUAUCAUUAUAUACAUCCAAAUGUAUAAAGCUGCUAUAUAAAUAGUAUAAUUGAAAAGCUAUUGUUCAGUGAACACUUUAAUGUUCUAGUGGGAAAUUUGAUAAAUUUGUUCGAUUUAAUGAUUUUUUUAAAUAGUCAAGAAUGUUUAAGAUUUUUUUAUUUGGGGAAUUUUUUCUUGGUUUAAUAGAGCUAGAAAUCUUUAUGAUAUGAUAGAAGUUGUUAUUGAUAUAUUUGGGUCACACCUUCUUAAAAUUUCUGUAAUUUUGCAGUGAAGUUUCUUUGUGAUACGUGCAAGAAGGGUGGUAUCCUCUGCAGUUAAUACUCCUUUAUUUAAAAAUAUUUACUAAGAUAUUGCUGAUAAUGUAAUCAGUUCCCAAGGAAUAAAUUCCUGUGCCCAAUCUAAUUAUUACUUAAGAUACUAAUUGGAAAUUUUCACAGGUCCUAGUUAGGGGACCUCCUGUAAAAGCUAUAGAAAAAGUGCUUAAAACAUUUUAGAUGAAGGAGAUAUAAGUUGUCUUCCAAGUGGAUGAUUUCAAUAAAGUCCUCUGAGGAGGCUUGUAAUGUAUUAUAUUCAGUACUUGUAACUUACUGUUCUUCUGUUAGGUCUUCAAACAGUGUUAUAGUUUGUUUCCUAAUGUGCUUUCCAAGUAUUUGCAGUAUACUUUUUUGCAAACCUAUCUGCAAGGGUUUUAAAUACUUUAAAGUGGAAAAUAAAGAAAUAAGUUGUUCUUUAUAUCAUAUAUUUGUGAUAUAAAGAUGGGCGAUUUCAAAUUAAAGAAUGUUAAGGUGUUGAGACAACCUCUAAAAUGAGUGAGUGGUUGGGGCCACUAAGUUAAUAUGCUCCAACGAAUUUAGUUUUGCAAAUAUUUUGGGUGAAUCUGCUAUUAUAAAGUGUUGUACCAAGUACUUUGUGUACUAAGUACAAAGGUGGCUAGGAUGAACUGUUGCCCACAGAGUCCCCAAGAGCUAGCAAAAUGAUUUUAAAUAAGAAGGUUGUAAUAAUAUUUGUUUCUAGUUGAGAGUUUAAGUCCUUUUCCUCUCCCCGAUUCUUCUGUUUUCUUUCCAAAUUUUACACCAAAUGGUGCUUCUAUAAUGAUACCAUUGCUCUGAAAUACAUAUACCAGACCCUUUAACUUGUCCACAUUUUUUUUAGGAAUGGAGAAGGCAGUAUAUCUUGACAGUAAUUGAUCAAUGGAUAGUCAUUCAAAUUUUCUAAGUUUUACUUUUUAAUAUCAAUACAGGUAUUAGAAUUGAAUACAUGAUUUUUAAAAAUAUAUUUGUUUUUCAUUUAGUUUUCCAAAUAUUAAGGAAACUAAAGAAUUUCUAUUGUGAUUCAGUUUCCAUUAUGUUUUCCUUUGUAUUUUUCUCCACUCUUUAUUUUUAAAACCAGCAUGUAUUUGUCAAUGAGUGUUUGUGGGAGUUGAUGAUGGUGGAAAAGAGCAGGGAAGGAAGGAUGGGAUUGUGUUUACCACUGGUUAAAAUAGAAAAAUGGUAGAUGAAACUAUGCAUUUGUUUCUUUACCCCUAUUUUACUUUCUUUGACCUCAUUAAGCUGAUGUCCAUUACAUUUCUGCUAUGUACACCUAAUAAAGUUUUAGAGAUGAAAAUAUCUUCUCUACAUAAUCAUCUCUCUUUCUCCCAUUGGGUAUUUUGACUUUGAAGUAUAGUCCCAAUUUUAUAGGAUUAUAAUGAGGCCCUAGUGUCUACCAGUUUCUUGCUUCUGUGGACUGAAGGUGGUUAAUUAGUAGCUAAUUGUUCAGUGUUUUUUUUUUAAUAAAAAGGAAAUACUAGUAUUUUAGAUUCAUACCGAUUCUAUAAUUCAAGAAGUAACAAGAUGCUAAGGGUAUUUUUGGAAAUAUUUCCAACUACUUCCCUCUUGGUAUUGCACACUUUUCCCUCAGAAAGUCUUCAUCAGAAUCUCUGCAGAACCAUUAUUUGUUUUUAAGAUAUGAGAAAUGUGGAAAAUAAUUAAGGAAUUUUGGUAAAAUUAACUUGCAGAAAAGAUUGGCAGCACUUGAUGGAUAGCUAGGAAACUGCUAUUUUAAUAAUCAGAGGUGAGAAUGAAUCUCAGGAGUUAGAACUGAUGAUAACAAAUGGUCCCAAGUUAUUUUAACUUCAGUUUCAAUAAAAGUUUUCACUUUUUGUUUUGUUUUGUUUUAUUUGAGACCACACCUGGUGGUGUUUAGGGGCUACUCCCGGGAUUAUACCCAGGUUUCUUGCAUGUAAAGCAUGUGCUUCAGCCUGUCGAGCUAUCCUGAUCCCUAAAAAAAGCAAAAGAAAAAAAUCAAACAUGGUUGUAUUUUGUAGCAGAAGGAAGUUUAAAGACAGGAAGAAAAGUUGGAGGGAUAACUAACACACAAAAGCAAAAAACAAAAGUUUUUGAGGAGAUUGCUGAAUUAUCUAAAACUGUAUCUGAAAUUGUUUGAGAAAAUAAUGCAUAUUAUAUAAAGUAUUUUCAGUAAAUGUGGAGAUGUAUCAAUGAAUAUUUUAUUAAAUUUGGGGAAAUAAUUCAAAUUUCUGACUAUGAACUUUGUUGAUCCUCUUUGUUGAACUAACAUUUCAUCCCGUUCUUGAUUUUAAGAACUAAUUCAAUUUCUUAAACGUCUCCAAUUAUCUUCCAUAUAGAUGUCAUGUUGUUAUGGUUUAAACAUGUACAGGUUGUUGGUAGAAUUAGAGAUGUUGGUUUAGAAGAGAUGUUCUUAACACCUAGUGGUUAUGCAGCUGUAAUGUUAUUGAAAAUAAAUGCUAUAGGCAAAUCAAGAAAGCAUGAGUCUCACAUAAUUUUUAGAUUAGAUAUAACACAUAUAUCUCCCCUUGAUGGUAAUAACCUGAUUAUACAUUUUUGGGGAAAAUGUAUUUAGUUAUGUGUCUGAAACUGGCAAAUAGUGUAUCAUAAAUAUGUAUGAAGAGGAACGAUAGUGCAUAAUAACCAGCUACACCCUUUCCCUAUUAAAUUCUAUAUAUUGGUAAUUUUUUUAAAAAUCAGUUUUUUUCAGAGCCCUGUAUAAAUGAUAGUUGUUGAAAAUGCUACUAAUAACAGAAGGUUUGCUUUAAGUUAAAAUAUCUGACAUCACUAAAUGUCUUUAAGAAGUAACAUUUUAGUUUCCUUCAGAGGAAGCACUUGUUUGAAUAAUUUUUUUAAAAUUUGCUUUCAAUACUGGAUGAAUGAAUUGAUAGUGUAAUUGUUGACAUUUGUGAUAUCAGAAGAAUUCACAAUGUAAGAAUUUUCUAAAAUUUUGGCCCUCUUCCCAGCACACACACACACACACGCAUGCAUUCACGAACACAGCAGAAGUGAGCUUAAUACAUUUGGAUGAACAAUAUGAAAUUCCCCAGUAUUGUUUUCCUCAUAUAACUUGGGUAAAAUUCAUAAGAUUCUACCAUAAAGUAUUAACUCCUUACUCUAGUCAUUCUAGAAUGAGGGAAAUUAACUUACUUUAAAUUUACUAAAAUGCCUUUACUUAAAUACCAAAAUAGAGUUUACCUGAUUGGUAUAAAAAGGACUAACUUUCAAAUUGUAUUAACUCUUAGACCACUGAUGAAUCAUUUAGUAAACCACAGUACAGUUUUUAAAAGCUAAAUGAUGCCUUAGUGCCUUGGAAGUUAAGAUACUUUUGCAAAGUGAUUUUAGCAAGAUUCAUGAUUGGAAAAUCAGAGUUUAGGAAUGGUGCAAAGGAACUAAUGGUCUAAUAAAAAUCUAUUAUUUCACCUUGACUAUGACAGAUAACUACUUUCAAUAUAUUUUCAUGAUUUAUUAUGUAGUUUUUUCCUUUUCCAAGCAGGUAUGAAAUGUGACAUAUUUUAGUCAAGACAAUUACAUGUGGGAUUUUAAAGUUUAGUUUUUUUUAAUCUAUAUAUUCUAGUGUGAGCAGUGUAAGUUUUAUAUUGUAGUACAAGGCAGACACUUUAUUUAACCUUUAGGACUAUGUUUACCAUCAGGGAUUAUUUUUACCUUAGGAAUAAUGUACUGUGAAGCUUAAAGACAGGAAGAAUAGAAUAAACGUUGAAGGAAUAAUGCACAAAAACAAAGGCAUAAAUGAUGAAGUACCCUGCAUUAUGUGAAUAGUUUUCCCCCUUUUGUUAAGACUGUAAACUACACUGUAUGAGUAUGUGUACUGCAUGUUUACAUAAUACAAUUUAAUUUUGAAGGAUUAUUUAUGUUUAUGUAUAAUAUCUAACAAGAUGUAAAUAUUGUAUACUAUUGAUUUUUAAUUUUAUAUAAGCAAUUUUUUAUUUCUUAACUCAUGUACAAAUAUUAUUGUGUAUAUAGCAUAAUUUCCUGGAGAACACAAAUUUUGCAGUAAAUUUUAAUUUAAUGUGAUAAGCAUCAGGUUACUCUUAGAAAUGUUGCUCUUUAUUUUAAAUUAUCUUCACUCCUUUUAGUCAAAGGGCAGCAAUAAAUAGUGCAAGUUAUUUUUGAUUAUAGAAACUUGUUCUACAAAAACAGGAUCUGGUUUCACAUCGUUGCUUUAAGGAAAAGAUGCACAAUUAAUACCAUCCACUGUCUAGUCACAGGACUAUUUCUGAGGUCCACACGUGUCUCUCCUCUUUGUAAUAUACAGGGUGAACUCUUUACUGAUACACAAAAACAAUUGUUAAAAAAGAAUCCAGCACUUAAAUCUCAUUACACAGAGUUUAUUAGAUUAAAAAUUUGUAAUAUACAAUAUUUUAAUAAAGUUUCUGUAUUUAAUUUCAUGCACUUAUAUAUAAAUAAAUCUGUCUUUAAACGCUC